AUGGCGCUGCUGCCGGCGCUGCUGCUGGCGUUGCUGACGCCCUGGGCGGGCCGCGGGGGCGCCGCGCCCACCGCGUCCAACGGGACACUGGAUGCCGAGUUGGAGCGCCGCUGGGACAGCCUGGUGGCGCGCUCGCUAGCGCGGCUCCCUGCAGCCGCGCGGCCCAAGGAGGCGGCAGUGCAGAGUGGUGCCGGAGACUACCUAUUGGGGAUCAAGCGGCUGCGGCGGCUCUACUGCAACGUGGGCAUAGGUUUCCACCUCCAGGUGCUACCCGACGGGCGCAUCGGCGGCGUGCAUGCCGACACCAGCGACAGCCUGCUGGAACUCUCCCCGGUAGAAAGGGGCGUCGUGACUCUCUUCGGCGUCUCCAGCCGGUUCUUCGUGGCCAUGAACAGCAAAGGCAAACUCUAUGGCUCGCCUUUCUUCAUGGAGGAGUGCAUGUUUAAAGAAAUUCUUCUACCUAAUAACUACAACGCCUACGAGUCCUACAAGUUCCCCGGCAUGUUCGUCGCACUGAGCAAAAACGGCAAGACCAAGAAGGGAAACAGAGUGUCACCUACCAUGAAAGUCACCCACUUUCUCCCCAGGAUGUGA